AUGGUCUUUUGGGGUAUAGGUUUUCUGCGUGAGGUUCAGAAUGAUUAUUUGGAUGGGUCAUCAGGUGGAAAUGCUUAUGAAAUUCAUUUUACUUAUGUGCAGGCAGCGAACUACGAGAUGUUUUUGGAUAAUAUAACUAAUGCCUGGCGUGUACCCAGCGAACUGACCGUCCUCCCCUCGCUCCUUGCAGCAAACAAGCACGAGCAGCAUCCGUUCCCCGUGAUGGUGUACAUUCACGGCGAGUCCUACGAGUGGAACAGCGGGAACCCCUACGACGGAUCCGUCCUCGCUGCCAGCGGCCGCGUCGUUGUCGUCACCGUCAACUACAGAUUGGGAGUUCUAGGUUUCCUCAACACGAACGAAAGUCCUCACCAGCGAUCCAUCACCAACUACGGGCUCAUGGACCAGAUCGCGGCACUGCACUGGCUCAAGGAGAACAUCGCUGAGUUCGGAGGAGACCCGGACAACGUGACGAUGUUUGGCCACGGCACCGGCGCGGCUUGUAUAAACUUCCUCAUGACUUCGAAAGCUGUUCCAAAAAAUCCAAAAUUGUUCCACCGUGCCAUAUUGAUGAGCGGGUCGUCGUUGGCACCCUGGGCACUCGUCAGCGACCCAUUCAAGAACACGCGACGCAUCGCUCAGGCACUCAACUGCUCGGACGUGCCGCUUGGAGACGAGCUCAAGAAAUGCCUGAGGGUGAAGAACUUGCACCAGAUCAUGCAGGCGCAGUCCGAGAUUCCCGAGUACUACUACGCAUUCGGGCCGACCGUCGACGGAGUGGUGAUCGACACCGACUACGACACGGACCGCCAGUCGUACAUCGGGCGCCUGUCGAGUUACGCCCUCAUCUUCGGCGUCACGCCCUCCGACGCCUUUUUCGUCUUCAACGACGACGACGUCAAAUUUGGUCUUGAGACGGACAAGAGAAACAAAAUUCUAAGGUCGUUUAUCCGGAACACUUACAACUACCACUUGACGGAGAUCAUGGCGACAGUCAUCAACGAAUACACGGACUGGGAGCGGCCCGUGCGGCACCCGAUCAGCACACGCGACGAGACCCUGGCACUGCUCUCCGACGCCCUCUACUCGGCGCCCGUGCUCAACACCGGCAGCCUGCACGCCCUCUCCUCGCCGCACACCUUCCUCUAUGUCUUCGACCACCAGACCAGGAACGGCGACUUCCAGCAUCGGGUCGGCUGCGUCCACGGCGAGGAGCUGGCCUACAUGUGGGGGGCGCCCUUGGUGGAGUCGCUCUCCUACUUCCCUAGCAACUACACUCAGAGCGAGGUCAAGCUGUCGGAAACCAUGCUCAGCUACUGGACCAACUUCGCCAGAACGGGGAAUCCGAACGAGCCAACGAAUCAGAUACAGGACCGAAGCGGCGAGAAGAGCCGGUACAGGCUGAUGGAGUGGCCGGUCUACGACGGGAUGCACCGGAAGUACCUCGACAUCGGCUUGAAAUCUCGGGUUCGCGACCACUACCGCUCCCACCAGCUGAGCUUCUGGCUGCAGUUGGUGCCGCAGCUGCACCGGGCCGGGAAGGACGCCCCCGAAGAACACCACCACCUUGAAAACCACAACGACUGGAACUCCUACAGGGGAUUCGUCCGAUCCGAGCCCGUCACCAGGGUAAUUCUGCCUCCCGACACCACGACGGUGGCGACCACGACGCGCCAGUACAACGUGAGUGCGGUGCUGCAACCGACGGCCUCAGGCUCUGACGCCAACAAGACGGGGAAACAGAGCCACCCGUCCCUAAGCGACGGUUUCGCCGCCUACUCCACGGCGCUGUCGGUCACCAUCGCCAUCGGCUGCUCGCUGCUCAUCCUCAACGUCCUGAUCUUCGCCGGCGUGUACUAUCAGCGCGACAAGUCCCGGAUGGAGGCCAAAAAGGUGGCCGAGAACGGCGGCCUUCUGGCCCCCGCCCACAGUAUCAGUGGAGACGUGCACACCCCGCCCACACCCAGCCUAGCCGUAAAGGCGGAGGUAGCCGCCCGAAUGUCGGCGGCGGGGAUGAAGGCGCCCCCGUCGACGCCCAUGGCCCAGGCCACCCACCUCCCGCCACCGGAGUUUGCCGAUUACCCGAGCCAGGCAGCCCAUUACGGCACGGCCCAGGGCGUGUCCCACCUGCACACUCUGCCCCGGGGCACGAGCAAGCACGUGACCUGCGAGGCGCAGAGCAUGCAGGGUGGGCAGGGCAGCCUGACCUUGAGCGUGCCGCGGGCCCCGCCACCGCCGCGCGUCCCCUGCCACACCUCGGAGGCGCAGCCGCUCCUCAAGCAAACCUCCUUCACACUCACCUCCCCCAGCACUAACACCUCCAAAAGCCCCUCCAAAGACUCCAACAUAGGAGAGUUGCGGGUAUAGCAACCCUAAGGGCGGCUUCCUAGUGUAACCCCCCCCCUCUCCUCGCCACCUCUUCAGGCCGCUCUUCCCAAUAUCCUUGUAGUCGCACCGCCCCGUCGCCUCCUCUGACCCGCACUGCGUUUACAGCACCCAGUCCAAGCAACAUGACCCCCCGACCCCAGACCCCGACCCCCGACACAAACCACACACUCCCUCCCCCGCCUCCCCCGUCCCCUCCAUGCUGGCUAGGUCAUGACACUCAAGUUGUUAGUUCGUUUAAAUUAGUGUUCCACUCUUUCAUCCCAGCGGGUUACCACAGUUAGUACAUGUUUUAUUUUCCUUUCUUAUUUCCAUGAUUUAUGGCUUCAUAUCUGUGUGAUGAUCAUACGUAACACCGACAUGAACACGGAGGAACUUAAUGAACUCCAUAGUAAUAACUGCCCUGAGUGCAAUGUUCGUAUCUUGCUCAACAGUUCACGGAUAUUGAACAAAAAAACAAUAAUAAACGGUCACGGGAAACUGAGGAGAAGAAAAUGUCUAGCUCUGUGACGAAGUCUUCGCUUCACCUUUUUAGGAUAAACAAUUUGUGUACGUUUUCUCUGAGAAAUCUCGUGUACGAACUUUGCAUAUUAGUAGAAAGAAAAUAUUUAGCGGGCAUUCGUGCCACCUUUGGUCCAUAGCAGUAAUAAGAAACCGAACUUGGAUUCUUUUAACGGAGGCAAACAAACGAACUAACAAACAAAACGGACAAACUUACAAAAAAAAAAAAAAA